AUGGAGCAGAGGAAGAAGAACGAAAGUCGUCCAGAGUGGAGUAAACUUCCCGAUCACAUCACGGAAAUGAUAGCAGACCGUCUCAGCUUCCCCGAUAUUCUCCGUUUCGCUUCAGUGUGCGUGCCCUGGAGAUGGGUCGCAGCGGAAAUCUCAAGACGUCGUCGUCGUCUGUGUUCUUACCAAUUCCAACCUCUGGUAAUGUUCGAUUACAAUUUCGAAAAGGGUUUCUACGGUUUCUUUAAUUUCCAGGAGAGUAGGGUUUACUGGAUCGAUAUACCCGAAGCCCCUGCCAAACGAUGCCUCGGUUGCUCCCAGGGCUGGUUAGUUCUGCUUGAUCCCUGUGUCGCUUUGAGUUUUCUCCUGAACCCCUUCACGAAAACCCGCAUUUAUUUGCCAAUUUUUGAAGAGCCCCACACCUGUUUGAAUUUCGAGAAGGUGAUAUUGUUUCCCAAUCCUAUUGAUCAUACUUCAAUGGAGAUGAAUAAAGAUUGGUUGGUUGUUGCAUUGGACGCUUAUAUGCAACUCUUCUUCUGUAAAAUCGGAGAUAAGUCAUGGAGAUCCAUGCCGUUGCAACCUCACGGCAAAGCUCAUUUCUUUGGUAGUCUUGUAUUUUACAAAGGACGCUUAUAUUCUUUGUCCGAAAAGGGUAAGCUUUGGUUUCGUAAUUUGACAGUUGAAGGUUUCAGUGGCAAUGCCAGUAAAUGUGGAGUUGCUUUCCCUGUAGAUGUCAUUGAUUAUAACGUUGAUUACUCCAUAGAAUGCUAUCUGGUGGAAUCCCAAGGGAACUUAUUACUGGUUAUAAGGUUCAUGAAAAAGGAGCCUAGAAGAACUUUCAGAUUCUUAAUAUUCAAGCUUCUGGAAAGCAAUGACAGUAACGACUCGAAUGGUAGUUAUGUUUGGGAAAGGCAAAUGAAUUUGGAUGAUGAUCAAGCAUUGUUUGUCUCCAGAUAUUGUUCCAAAUCAGUCUCACUCUCAUCUAAGGAAUACUUUGGAUUGCAAGGGAACUCAAUUUACUUCACUGAUGAUGCAUACUAUAAAUUUGAGAAGAGAGAAUAUCCUGAAAUGGGCAUUUACCAUUUUGAUAACGGCAGGGUUGAACGAUGCCUUCCAAUGGAUUUAUAUCCAUUUGAUAAUUUGAGCAUUUGGAUCACACCCUCAAUUUGA